UGCGCGUGUCUAGACUGACCAGGGCCCAGCGCGUAUCACGCGUAAGUCCUCUCCGGGACUCCGGUCUCAUUGAACUCUACCCAAUAAGAGCGGAGGGACGGCGGGCUGUCAACAUUCCUAUGGCCCCUCUCUUCCCCCCCGUCGCCCACCCCUUCGGUCUGCAGUUCGCACAGUUCAUCGCUCCGGUUUAUCUCACGCAGUCUGCUAUCAGCGCUCGCAUACAGCGAGAGGCGACUCCAAUGGAAAAACGGAGAAGCGCGCGUUUCGCAGCUCUGGGGAUGAUAUCUGUCCUGAACGCAGAACGUUUGGAGAAAACGUGGAAAAGUUGGCGCUGUCUCUGAUUCAAUUGCACCUCAAGAAGUGAGGUGCAAUUGUUCUCAAGAAGAGGUGAAAAAAAGAAAAGAAGGGUGAGAGCUCUUCCAACGCGCUCUGAACCUGCCGUCUGGCUUGGAUUAUUUCUACUGUGGUUGCCAGCUCCCGGGGAAUACUUUUAUAUGGCACACGCUAAUAUCCGGGCAGAUACAUGAUAUCCGUCCGCGCAUCGGAGCUCUACGUUUGCCCAACUAUCAGUUCUUCGCACUCAUUUCAUACAAUACAGAAUUGUGUUUUCUUAUCAUUGCUGGGGGACGCGUCCAACUAUGUUUGGCAUAAGUGAAGCUCUUGGGUCGCCCCGGAUCCUCUCCAGAUCUGCCGCUGUUCCCGGAGGCUCAGGAUUAAGACAUAUAAUCAGAAACGGUACAUGUUCACCCUGCGGUACUCGCGCGUCCUCGCGGUUGUGUUGUGCGUUCAUAUUCCUCCUGCUCAUCCUCACGCCGCGGGUGGAUUCGUCCUGGUGGUAUAUUGGCGCCCUUGGGGCCCGUGUAAUCUGUGACAAUAUACCUGGGCUGGUGAAUAAACAGAGACAGUUGUGUCAGAAGUAUCCAGACAUUAUGCAGUCCAUUGGGGGCGGAGCUAAGGAGUGGAUCCGAGAGUGCCAGCAUCAGUUCCGUCAUCAUCGCUGGAACUGCAGCGCGUUGGACAGAGAUCAUACUGUUUUUGGGAGAGUCAUGCAGCGCAGCAGUCGAGAGGCUGCGUUUGUGUACGCCAUCUCCUCGGCAGGAGUGGUUUUCGCCAUUACCCGUGCAUGCAGUCAGGGGGAGCUGAAGACGUGCAACUGUGACCCGCACAAGCGUGGCCGGGACAGAGACGAGCGAGGAGAAUUCGACUGGGGUGGAUGCAGUGAUAACAUUAACUAUGGCAUAAAGUUCGCUAAAGCCUUCAUAGAUGCCAAAGAGCGGACAGUGAAGGACGCACGUGCACUCAUGAAUCUUCACAACAACCGCUGUGGGAGAAUGGCAGUAAAGCGCUUUAUGAAGUUGGAGUGUAAAUGUCAUGGAGUCAGUGGGUCGUGUACUCUAAGAACCUGCUGGUUGGCAAUGUCAGAUUUUCGCAAAACAGGAGAUUUCCUCCGCAAGAAAUACAACGGUGCCAUCGAAGUCAUCGUAAAUCAAGACAAGACAGGAUUCACAGUUGCAAAUAAAGACUUUAGGAAAGCCACCAAAAAUGACCUGGUGUACUUUGAGAACUCCCCCGAUUACUGCCUCGUGGACAAAGCUGCAGGUUCAUUGGGUACCGCCGGUCGGGUCUGUAACAAGACAUCCCGGGGGACGGACAGCUGCGAGGUCAUGUGUUGUGGGCGGGGCUACGACACCACGCGCGUAAAACGCAUCACAAAGUGCGAGUGCAAGUUUAAGUGGUGUUGCGCCGUAGAGUGUAAAGACUGCGAGGAGGCCGUCGACAUCCACACCUGCAAAGCCCCUAAACGUGCCGAAUGGCUGGACCAGACCUGAGACCCACCCCUUCCUCAGGAUUUUGUCCACGGCAUUCUGGGAUAUGAAGCCCAUACCUUGCAAUCUUUCUCCCCCAGUCCCUCUUAUUCGUUGCAUGGCUUUAUUUGAACUGUUUUUGUGAAAGCACUACAAAUGAAAUCCACAUUUCCCAUGAGCGCCUUGCACACUAUGCCCGAUAUGGCAGAUUUGUCUUUCUCUCUUCCUCUUUGUUUGUUUUGAAUUGAUCAAAGGAUGGUAAAGGUUCAAGAACAACCUGUGUGUGUGUUUUUGUGUAUUGAUAUGAGAAUUUGUUCUACGAGUGUUGUUUCAUGACAAAAGGUGUGCUGCUUUUAAAACGACUCUGAGCCUAUCAGAUAUUAUCAAUAGCUAUUAUCACACUCAACUGUGUACUAAACAUGCAUCACAUGCCCAUACGGUAUUUUAAUUUGACUCAUAUCGGUGAUGAAUAUUACAGAAUGUAUGAGGAUAUUCACAGGAGCUCAUGAGGACAGAAUGGAUGGCUACUGGAUGUGUGGACUGCUCAUGUUCUAUGGACCCUAUCAGAAAGCUUCUUAUGAAGCUUCAGAGGUUUUUGAAAAGGCUAGACAUAAUAUUAAUAAUAUAAAUGAGUCUUCACUAAGGACAUUAGCUAAUAGUUGAGCGAAAGAUGACGUGUUGUUAUUAAACUCAUUACCUGUGUAAACAUAAAGGUAUUAACAGCUGUGACUGGUAGAGGUGUAAUCUCUCUUUAGCUCUCCUGUGCUGUGGUACUUUUUAACUGUGUUAUUAUUUUUUCAGCAGAAGUUCAUAUAAAGUCAUUAAGUAAUAAAUUAAGCAUUGAAGUCAUUUUUGAACUUAUAACAUUUUUUUAGCAUUAAAGUCCUGAGUAUUACAGAAACAUUAUUUUAGAAUCAUAUCUUAUCUGUUUACAGUUUCAGUAAUGCACAACAUAAGAUAUAAAAGCUCCAAUCCAUAACGUUUGCCUCUCUUUUCACCUCACAUAAAAUUGCAGGUUACUAAUAUUUACAUGGAUUAAAGUCAAGUGAUGUUAUUUUUUCCCAGUGAAAUCGUACACUGUAAAAAAAUU